CGUCAUUCUCUGGAACCUGGAGACUUCCUCUCUUUUGCUUGUCUGGGUCAUCUUGUCUGCCCGUCGCUGGCCCAUCUCUCUCUCUGGCCCCAUCUCUCUCUGUGUCUCAGCAGCUGUCUCUCGCACGCCCGCCGGCCCGUUUCUUCCCCGCAGUCGCCUCCGCCUGCCUGGGUGGCCGCCAUGGGCCGGAAGCGGCUCAUCACUGACUCCUACCCCGUUGUGAAGAGGAGGGAGGGGCCCGCUGGGCACAGCAAGGGGGAGCUGGCACCAGAACUAGGGGAAGAGCCCCAGCCCCCCAGCGAGGAGGAAGCAGAACUGGAGCUGCUGCGUCAGUUUGACCUGGCCUGGGAGUAUGGGCCCUGCACAGGGAUCACACGGCUACAGCGCUGGCACAGAGCAGAGCAGAUGGGCUUAGAGCCGCCCCCAGAGGUGUGUCAGGUGCUGAAGAGCCACCCCGGAGACCCUCGCUUCCAAUACAGCCUCUGGCAUCUCUAUCCCCUUUGAGGUACCACCUAGGCCAUCCUGCCCUUGACACUUCUGCUGGACAUUGAGAACUUCAGGAAAGAAGAACCAGUUGCUGCUGCUCAGCUGAGUUCUGCUAUGGAAGAAUGUUUGGUAGCUGAGUCUGGAGGUCUCAGCCCCUCCAUCUAACCAGAAGACUCCUGCAGCCCCCUCUGAGGCCUGUGCACCUCCAAGAUGGACACUGGUCACUGGGAAUGAGGACCUGGCUGUGACCCAUGGUGUGGCAAAGCAGCAAAGCCUUGUGCAGAGCCAGAUGAAUCAGGAGGCAAAGAUGCACUUCCUACCAAAGACUGGCAAUCUGAGGGCAGGACUGGCUGAGUUCACAGGGCAAGAGGUUCACUACUGCUUACAAUAAAGAACAUUCAGUCUGGAA